AAAAGCUUCGCAGAAGAGGAGGAGGAGUUUUCAGCUGCUGUUUUGGUGAGCGGCUCGCUUGCUCGUCGACUCUUCUUCGCGGGGCUGGUGCCGCCGUUCGCCUGCGGAAAGCGGGAGGGGUUUUUGGUGGUGGUGUUUUUUUUGUUGUUGUUGUUGUUUGGAGGGGACGCGCGAGCGGUCCGGGGUCUUUUUUCUUCUUCUCCUGAUGGAGGCUUUCCACCCGAGCAAGCUGGAGAAGCACCACCACCACCACCACUACCACCACCACCAGCCGGUGGAGUUUUUGCAAGGAGGCGGCAGGUACGCGGCGAAGAGCCACAGCGCUCACGGGAACGCGUUCAACUCUUGGAACGAUUACCUGGGUUUGGCCACGCUGAUCACCAAAGCGGUGAGCCAGCAGGAAAAGGGCUUUCGGACCGGAUCCUCCUCGGUGGUUGUGGCGGCCACCGUGCAGCAGGUCCCGGCGACCGAGGAAGGCGAGGAGGAGGAGGAGGAGGAGGAAGAGGAGGAGGACGAGGAAGAGGAGGAAGACGACGAGGACGACGAAGUGGGAGCCCCUUAUUUCCAGAACUCCCUGGAUUUGCACGAUUUUGACUUGUGCGGGCACCAUCAUCGCCAUCACCAUCAUCACCUUAGCCCGAGCGAAAACCUGCUGGAGGAGCGUUUCGCAGAUUUUAGCCCCUUCUCCGGCAGAGCCAGCCCGGCUUCGGUGGUGUUCAAUUGCUCCCCUGACCAUCUGGAAAGAGAUCGCUCGCCUCACGCUUGGGGCGGCCGCCUGGUGGUCGACGGCCGGUUGCCAGCUCCUCCGAAAAGCGCCUCCAGGUUGCUGAAGCCGGAAUUGCAAGUGUGCGUUUUCUGCCGGAAUAAUAAAGAAGCCGUGGCUCUCUACACCACGCACAUCCUUAAGGGACCCGACGGCAGAGUCUUGUGCCCGGUACUGAGGCGAUACACUUGCCCUCUCUGUGGAGCCAGCGGGGACAACGCGCACACCAUCAAGUAUUGCCCCUUGUCUAAAAUGCACGGCAGCGCCCCCAAACAACCGCUUAAAAACGCCCGGCAUAUCCUGGGCAAGAAGCUCCGCUAGGGGGCGGUUGUCGAGCCUUGGCCGCGUCAGUGUUUGUGUGGAGACCGGGACUGCGGGUCAAAAACAUUGGAUCAAGGAAAGAAAACAAAAAAAAUAAUAUCCACCACGAUUUCAUUUCAUUUUAUUAUUUUCUGUUCUCUUGCGCGCGUGUGCCCUCUACAGGGAUAUAAAGAAAAAGGCAUUUCCUUUUUUGGUUUUUUUUUUAAACAACAAUUGUAAUCAAAUGAUGUUUCUUAAUAUAUUUAAAUAUGAAGACGUAGAAUGUACAGAGAGAUGUUCUUGAUUAUGUAUCAAAUAACUGAGUAUAGUUUCUAGUUUGUAUAUGUAGUAGCCAGGGAGCCUGGCCUCUGAAAUUAACUCUUAAGAAUUAUAACAUACCGUUUAGACAGGUACUGUAUUUGUUUAUUGUGAAACUUACCUGAUUUUUAAAUGGGACUAAGGAUAUCUCUUAGGCAUAUAUGCUCCGUUUGCUGUAGCUAUGUUUAAUAUUCUUGGCUGGAAAAGGAGCACUUUUGAAUAAACAAAAUACUGUCUUUAAAUGAGGCAGCGUAAUAUAACUUUAAGUAAUAUGUAUGAAUCAAAUAAUUUUUAAAGAGCUGUUUGGCUGGUCCUACAAUGGUUAUAAAGCAAGGUUGGAAAGGUCAUUUAUUAAAUGUGUUGAAUUGGCA